GCGGACAUGCGGUCGGAGCAGGCGCUGGCGCUGGCGCCGCCCGAAGAGGCCCGGGGCCCGCACGGGGAGCCGCAGGACGCCGCCGACUUCCCGGAGGCCGGCGACGCGGGGGGCUGCUGCAGCAGCGAGCGGCUGGUGAUCAACGUCUCUGGGCUGCGCUUCGAGACGCAGCUGCGCACCCUGGCGCUGUUCCCCGACACGCUGCUGGGGGACCCUGGCCGCCGCGUCCGCUUCUUCGACCCGCUCCGCAACGAGUACUUCUUCGACCGGCACCGGCCCAGCUUCGACGCCAUCCUCUACUACUACCAGUCGGGGGGCCGCCUGCGCCGGCCGGUCAACGUGCCCCUGGACAUCUUCCAGGAGGAGAUCCGCUUCUACCAGCUGGGCGACGAGGCGCUGGCGGCCUUCCGGGAGGACGAGGGCUGCCUGCCCGAAGGCGGCGAGGACGAGAAGCCGCUGCCCUCCCAGCCCUUCCAGCGCCAGGUGUGGCUGCUCUUCGAGUACCCGGAGAGCUCGGGACCCGCGCGGGGCAUUGCCAUCGUGUCCGUGCUGGUCAUCCUCAUCUCCAUCGUCAUCUUCUGCCUGGAGACGCUGCCCCAAUUCCGGGCGGAGGGGCGCGGGGGAGGCGGAGACGGUGUGAGCCGCGUGACCCCGGCCUCCGGAGGCAGCCAGGAGGAGGAGGACGAGGACGACCCCUACACCUUUCACCGCGACGUCGGCCCCGGGGGCGUGGGCACAGGGGGCUCCCCCUCUCUCAGUGCUCUUGCGGGCUCCUUCUUCACCGACCCCUUCUUCCUGGUGGAGACCCUCUGCAUUGUCUGGUUCACGUUUGAGCUCUUGGUGCGCUUUUCCGCCUGCCCCAGCAAGCCAGCCUUCUUCCGCAACAUCAUGAACAUCAUCGACCUGGUGGCCAUCUUCCCCUACUUCAUCACCCUGGGCACCGAGCUGGUGCAGCAGCAGGAGCAGCAGUCAGUGAGCGGAGGGGGUGGCCAGAACGGGCAGCAGGCCAUGUCCCUGGCCAUCCUCAGGGUCAUCCGCCUGGUCCGGGUGUUCCGCAUCUUCAAGCUCUCGCGCCACUCCAAGGGGCUGCAGAUCCUGGGCAAGACCUUGCAGGCCUCCAUGCGGGAGCUGGGGCUACUCAUCUUCUUCCUCUUCAUCGGGGUCAUCCUCUUCUCCAGCGCCGUCUACUUCGCGGAGGCUGAUGACAGCGAUUCGCUCUUCCCCAGCAUCCCGGAUGCCUUCUGGUGGGCCGUGGUCACCAUGACCACUGUGGGCUAUGGGGACAUGUACCCCAUGACCGUGGGGGGCAAGAUCGUGGGCUCGCUGUGCGCCAUCGCCGGGGUCCUCACCAUCGCCCUGCCCGUCCCUGUCAUCGUCUCCAACUUCAACUACUUCUACCACCGCGAGACCGAGCAGGAGGAGCAGGGACAGUACACGCAUGUCACCUGUGGGCAGCCUGCGCCCGACCUGAAGGCCACCGACAUUGGGCUUGGCAAGCCGGACUUCCCUGAGGCCGCUCGGGAGCGGAGACCCAGCCACCUGCCCAUGCCACAUCGGGGAUGUGCAGAGAAAAGGAUGCUUACCGAGGUGUGACCCGCGUGGGCGGGGCCUGCAGGGGUUCGUGUUGAGCAGGCGUCUCUGAGGCUUCCUUUUCAUCUCCUCAGCUCUCCCGGACUCCCGACCCAGUGCCCUGUACAAGGCGUCCAGGGCCAAAUACCUGGACUGUCGACCUUGUUGCUUGAUCCCUGCAGCAUUCCAGGUUUAUCCACCCGAGUGACAUUUUGAAUUCCAAUGGUGCCAUUCAGUCAUGCCCAUCUUCGGUCACCUGGAUGAGAGUCCUCCCCUCAGACUCUCAUUCCUCAUUUCUGGGACCUGUCGCAUCUCCAGGAAGAGCCAUGUCAGUAGGACAGAAGCCAGCCACACUCAGGUCCUGCCUCUCUUCCAAGUUCUUUGCUCCGAGGCAAGCACCUGUCUUACCUUCUGGUCACCGGUACCUGGCAGAAGCUGGAGGAUGGAAACUACUCAACGUACUGUUUUAUCCCAGUGCCCUGUGACACCUGCUGAUCAUCCUGCAGAGGACACUUGCUGGAGCAUUUAGUCACACAGUCUCAAAGUGUAUGAGUCUUGGAUGGAACUACAGAAAAGCAGAAUUCAGCAGGACCCCUCGGAGGACAUGAGGGUCAGCCUGGGCCGGCAACCCCUGGGCUUUCGAAGGUGUGAGCCAGCAUUGGCAGCCACCGUCUUUGGCCAUGGCUUAGUCUUCCCUGCAGCUAUCCCUCACUGUCGUCUGAGCUUCCAGGAAGGCUCCUUCUCAGAGCCAAAUACUCUUGUGCAAGUGCCUUCCUGAGCAUAGCGAUUGGAAACGGAGCCACACAGCCCGGAGGAGCAGCUGCACAGAGUCAGGCAACUGGGUGGACCACAGCCUGCAGCCAGGUGUCACUGAGAUGGGUUGGUCCUCAUGGAGGGCAGCAGAUCUGCCUGCAGGCAAACAGGUUUCUUCUGUGUCUCCCUAAGCCUCGGAGCCCCCAGCCUUUUUUCCGAGGAGUCUGACUUGAGCUUGCACCUGAAGUCUUUCUGAAGCAGCCUCACCUGAAAUCUGCAGUCAGAAGUACAUGCUGUCUGCCAGACUGGGCUUCUCCCCACUCCAUGGCAGGCCGUCUUCGGAUCAGGGUUAGACCUGAGCAGUGCUGCCCUGCCGACAGCCCCCUGAGAGGCUCCUGCCGCUCUGGUGGGCAGAUGUUCCGGUUCUGGCCUGUGCUGCCUGGUAAGGAAUGGGGUGGGGCACCUCCUUCCAUCCUGAACCUCCUCGUCCCAGCCCACCCGCCCCUGCCCCUCUUCUCUCCAAGUAACAUCACUGCUCAUUGUUUUGCCUUUAAAAACUGUGCUGUACCAUUCUGACCUCUCCUGGGUGCAGCUCCGAAACUGAAAAGACUGUUAACACAUUUAGAAUCUUCUAUCUAUGCUUUAAGACUCUCUGAUGGGAAUUUUAUUUAGAACAUUAUUUUCUCGGGGAGCAGUUUACAAGGGACAGCCUUUUGAAGGGCCUCUUGAGGGGCUUCUGUGAGUGUCAGAUCCAAACCUGGAUUUUGCCACAGCUUUACAGGGUAACUUUGGUGAGUCAGUCCCUCUUUGUGCCUCAGUUUCCCUGUCUGUUAAAUGGGAACAUCAAUGUCUUCCCCUCCCUACCUCAUGGGGAGUGUCAAUGAACUCAUCUGGGAAGCUGCUAUGCAAAUAUGUGAGUUAUAGUAAUGAACUUGGUUCUUAGUUUGUCACCCUGUCUCCCCCUCCUCCAGAGGCAAGGUUUUCUCUAAAGUUUCUGCCUUGGGUCCAGAGCCCAGGAACAGGCUCUUAUCUUCCUAAAUGCCCCCUUGUUCUCCAGGGCUGGCCGCCAUCUUUUUUCUCGCCCCUCAGAGGGAGGCUGCUCUUAGAUAGGCACGGUGGGGUCCUGCUGGGGGUGCAGGUCACCUUGCUGGAGCUGGCUUCUCCAAACCUGAAGUGAGUGGGACCCGGAGGCGCUUAUGGAGCAGAGGCCAGGAGAUGCUCUUUUCCACAUUGCUUCAGUUACUCCUGGCUCUCUGGAGAAGGAGAAGGGCCUGCUGCAGAGGCCAGAAAGGUGCUCCCAGCAGUGGAGAUGUGGGACACGGGUGCAUGUAUCUACAUGUGUGUGAUCACCUUCAUCUCCAUCCCUGAACAAACACUGCCUUUCCAAGUCAGAGCAGGCCUGAGAGGAAAAGGCUGGGGAAAGCCCGGCCCUCCAGGGAUUCCGGUUGCCGUAGCAACCUUCCAGCCUGUUCUCUCCAUCUUCUGAUUGAGUUUCAAGGGAGAGCACAAGACAUAUUCCCGGCUUCUCAAAUGAGGGCGCCUCCCGCCUGUUGGUAAGGGCUGGCGCAGGACCCUGGGAACUGGAGACAGCUGGCUGCCAACACUUCUGUCCACACCUUUCUUCCUCGUUUCCUCCCCAGACCUUGAGCUGCUUCAUCUCACCCCUGGGUGUUCAGAAACUUGAGUGCUACACAACUCCCAGUAGAACUAGUGUCAACAUUGUGAUUUUAAAAUGACAAGGGGACAACUUACUAUUCCUCAUGCAGCAGCCACACCGGGCAUCGCCAAGAAUGAUACUAGUCAUAGGCACCUUGGAAUUCUCCUCUGGUCUCAGGUUCUUCCCAGGUCUCAGAGACCCAGGGGAAAAUGAAACUCCUUCCUCCCAGGGAACAGUCUGGCUCCAGAAAAAUCUCAUAGGUGGCUCUUCUUACACCUCGGAAGGAAAACGGAGGUGGUGGCUCCACCUGGUUUCUAUGAAGGACUUAGUCCCAGGACCCCCAGUGGCCCUGGGCAUCGCCCCGUGGAUGCGCCCUGAACAUCUGGAUACGGUGCCCUGCUUGUUGCUGUGAUGAGGGCACGGCCAUUGGCAGCUGCCAGGGAAGUGCAGGCCACGCUGUCCUCAACCUGACUGGAGCCGGUGGGGCCUUCCACAGGACUUCCUGGGACUGCCACCCUCAGCCGGCAUCCCCUAGGAGCAGGGAGGGACCUCUGGCCGCUUCUGCACCGAGGGACGGCGCUGUCUCAGUGGCCCAAGCUGUGAGACCUCCGAAGGUGUGUGGGACAGGAGCAGGCCCGAGACCUGAGCCUUCCCUGACUCCGGAAGAUGAGCCCCUCCUUGGCCAAUCAGGCCUGGCACCUCCUCAGGCUGCAGCAGAGAUGGGAUUGGAAUUAAAGACGGGUGAAGGUGCUGGGGAGAGCAGAGCUGGGCAGAGCAACAGCUGGAGAUGUGGUGUGGGAGGAUGGGCUCUCCUGUGCAUGGCUGUGUGCAGAGCCUCCUGGCCGUGGGGCGGCUGUGGAGUAACAAAUAAAUAAAUGGCAGAGUCUCAGAGGCCGUGCUGCACUCUUGACAGCGACAGCUGAGCCAAGCAGUGUCCUGGGGUGAUGACACAGCAGGCAGAAGAUCCCUUCCCAGGUGCUGUCACCACGCGUCCGCUUGUGCCAGCCACCCGCGGGGCCCCUGGGGAGGCAUCUGAUCACCUUCUGUCCUACAGACACAGGCGACAGGAGUGGGGAUCGCCUCUGUCUAGCAGUUGCGAGUGUGAUAGAAAAAUACAGUUAAUAUUUAAAUUUAAAACUUUUUAUUGCAGUAAAAGAUGCGUCACCGUUAUUCCCUGUCACCCCCGCACAUACUUUGAACACAAUCAUCCCAUCAAUCUCGCCGCUUUCUGAAGCACUUCUGGAAGUCUCGUUCACAUUUGUAGGUGCAUUGUGCUAGCUGCCUCAGUGUCCUGAAUCAAUUCAAAACGUUUGCCUUUUGUGGUCCUUUCGACUCUGGAUAAGAGCCACAAGUUUCAUGGCACAGCACUGGUGAAUAAGGUGGAUGACAGGAUGAGUUUGUCCAAAGCAGGGGAAGGAUUCGAGGAAGAUUAAUGGCAAUGUGACUUUUACUGUCACACAUUUUAAAAAAAUUAUUCACUGUAUAGUUUGACCUUACCUUGGGCAAAUGCCAAGGUCAGAGCUGUCUUGCACGUGAUUCCCAGGGCCUCGGUGGCACCAGGUGCAGCCCUAGGGGCACCAAGGGGGCCUUUCCA